GACCGUGCAAGAAAAUCGGCUCCGUGCGUUGGUUGCUCAAUCCGCCGAAAUUGCUAAUGAACAUGGGCCGCGUGUACCUCGUGAAUUACGUAACCACACACAAGACCAGUUCAAUGUCGCGGCGUCGAGUUCUUCGGUUGCCGCAAGAAAGUCGAGAUGCGAAAGAAUACUGAGGUCUAGUGUGGUCCUGGCCUGCACGCAGCGGUCAGUCCAUCCGGCUCCGGUCUGCGACUCUGUCCGACAUUUGCCAUCAAUAAUAUAACAAAACUAAGCAAGUCCACAUUCAUUGUCCAUGCCUGAUCUUCCAACGAACAACAACUGGUAGCGAUGACUGCUUUCCUUGUUGUUUAGUUCGUCAGCGAGCAGCGCCAUGUGAUCAGGUCCAGAUGCGAUAACAGUUCAGAGAACAAACCUGAUGUCGGCAAUGUUCGUACGCUGCAACGGUAUAAACAUUUAUCUUAUCUUCUCCAAUGAGUGUUUUUAACUGUUAAUUAGUUUGGAUCCGAAUCCUUCUUGCUACUGUUCGCCACGCGCGCUUCCCCGACUCUCACUCCUUGCACUCCAACAAAUUAUCGUAAACCUCUGAACGACAAAUAACACAAAAUCAAAACUUACUAAUCGGAAGGAAGAAAAACCGAAAGUGCAAGAAUCGAAGAACAACCGAAAAGCAGCAGAGUGAAAACCAAUAUUUACUUGGCGAAUGUCGCAAGUGCUCCUUAUCACUGUUAGGACAAUUCCGAGCGACGCAUCCGAUUACGUAAGUCAGGCGGAGACGCAUUGUUUCUUUCGUACGCGGAUGAUGGGAUCGGGCGACGGAUGUCCCCUGGGAGAUCCAAGGAGUUUGACGGCGGUGCGCAUCGUUUAGGACUCCAGAAGGAACAACCGACGAUGAUCAUCCAAAGUGCGGAUAAAGAGUUCCUGAACAUGGAUAGUGUCUGUUUGGAAGCCAACGAGCAUUCGGAAUGCGAACCCUCUACUAAUAGAAAAAUAUCGUUGGCUACCACUCCAGAAGACGAACCAGUUGACAUUUACAAAACCUCGCACGACGGAAAGUACGGUUUUGUUCUGCCGCCGAGUCGGACGCCUCUUAAGCUGCUAUUGGUUUUUCCGAAUGCGGAUACUACUUUCGAUGCCAUCAAACGAGCCGCUGAAAAGCUUGCCUUUGAAAUCAGUCAUUCUGCCACUUACGAUGCCGCUCUCGAAGAGUACCAGACCAUACAUCACGAUCUAGUCUUUGUGGACAGUCGAGCACAGAAACUCCUCGACUACGACACAUUAUGCAGGUCAAUACGGAAUUCCAAGGGUGGACAGAAUAUUGUCACAGUCUCCAUAGUAAAAAGAAGUUUAUUUGAAAAAGAUGAUUCCUUCGUUAUGUCGCAGCUUGAGUCGGGGUUCAAUAGGUGCUUGAUGGAGUCUUCGAAUACAACUAUCUGGUUGAAUGAAUUGAUCCAAUUGAAGAGCAGUGACUGUAGGACGUCGGCGCAAAUGGCGACAACACAGAUCCUAUAUGAAGCUAUAAAUGGAUCCAAGGAUGCUAUCAUAGUGACGGACGAUGUCUGUAGGAUGCAGUUUGCCAACGACGCAUGUGAGAGGUUACUGGGCUUCCGACAGGACGAGAUCGUCGGUAAAACAUUACACGAGCAACUCGUCGUCGAACCAUUGCAAAUCGGCACGAUGACUUUGAGCCUAACGCGCGGUCGUACUUGGAAUGGAGUCGUUGGUUUCAAACGGAAAGCCAAUGAUAGUCUUACCAUGAAUUGCAAAGCAAUUCCUAUUACUUGCGCCGGACGACUUCCAACUCAUUUUCUCAUCAUCAUAGAUCCACCCGGAAACGCCGAUGUCGUCGUCAAUCAUAAUACCCAAUCCCGAGGUAGUAUCAAUUCCAUCAGGAAAGGCUCGGUCGAUCUCAAGCCUGACUACAGGCGGACAUCUUUAGCUAAACUUCCACUUGAAGCUCCUAUCACCAAAAUAAUGAAUCUUAUAUACGAUGCAAUGCAAAACAGCAAUUCACAGACUUGCUCGCUAUUGGAAAAGGCAGUAGAAAUGUUGAAGUGCACGGAAUUAUAUUCGCCUUCCGUUAAAGAAGAUGCGUUAUCAAAAAGCGAAGAACCUGUAGCAACGGAUCUCAUCGGAGCUCUCCUAACUAACUCAAAUGUUCCAAUUCACAAUGUUAAUUCCAGGCGGAGUAGCAACGAUUCUAGUAUUUUUAGAGUGUCUAAAGGAGUCAUCAAAAUGAAGAACCAACCAUCAUCAAAUCAUAUUGACAGAUUAUUGGAGAAUUUCUUGGACUGGAAUUUCGACAUAUUUAGAUUAGAGGAUCUGACCGAAAAGAGGAGUCUUCUAUUUUUGGGACUGAAAAUCUUCACACACUUUGAUGUCGCUAGCACGUUGCAAAUAGACGAAACCACACUUUCGAAUUGGCUAUUAAAAAUUGAAGCGAAUUAUCACAAAAAUAAUUUUUAUCACAAUUCCACGCAUGCCGCUGACGUCAUGCAGGCGGUAGCUGGUUUCUUAGAGAAAGACCGAAUGAAGGAUAUCAUGGAUCCUAUGGAUGAAGCUACUGCAUUGAUCGCUGCGGCCGCACAUGACGUUGACCAUCCUGGUAAAUCCAGUGCGUUUUUGUCCAACAGCAGUGAUCCUCUUGCUAUUCUGUACAAUGAUGUUACUGUUCUUGAAUCGCACCACUCUGCACUAACUUUUAAAUUAACUUUAGGUGAUCCAAAAUGCAAUAUAUUUAAGAAUUUAGAUAGGGAUUCUUAUAAAAUUGCUAGGUAUAAUGUGAUAGAUAUGAUUUUAGCAACAGAAAUGACAAAGCAUUUCGAGCAUUUGGCAAAGUUUGUUAAUGUAUUUUGUUCGAAAACCGGACCUGACGAUCCUGAUGGAGGAAGUGAUGCCGUUCAAAUAUUGCAAGCAGAAAAUAUCACUUUAGUCAAAAGGAUAAUGAUAAAAUGUGCAGACGUCUCAAAUCCUACUCGACCCAUGGCAAUCUGUCUGGAGUGGUCACGGCGAAUCGCCGAAGAGUAUUUCCAGCAGACGGACGACGAAAAGAUGAUGGGUUUACCAGUGGUAAUGCCCAUGUUUGAUAGGACCACCUGUUCCAUACCUAAAUCACAAGUCGGCUUCAUUGAUUUCAUCAUAAACGACAUGAUCGAUGCAUGGAAUGCUUUUAUCAAUAUGCCAGAAUUGAUUACGAACAUGCGCCACAACUAUUUGAAGUGGAAAGAGCUAGACGAGCAAGGCUAUUCCAAUUCGGAGGACUUAAAGAAAGCUCUGGAUGAUUUGAUUGCACACAAAUGGAGUCUAUAAUAAAAGAAGAAACUUAUCGUGACUGAAAUCUUUUAAUUCCUUUCAGUAACAACGAUGGGGUUGUUACAAGAAACUUUGUUACUUGAUGGAUUUUAAACUAUUUAAUGGUAUUUUACGUUACUAUAAUAUAUGAAAGCAAAUGCAGUUCUAUUAUUUCUCUCUAUAUAUAUUACGUGUAUCGUGUGCAAUAUGUGUUAACAAAAAGGAUCAUAGCAAACUAUAGAAAAUAAAUGACGAUGCAUUGGUUUACAGUGUAUAUAUAGAAAA